GCCGUCUCCGGCGCCGAAUGUGGAGAUCUGGUGAUUAGAGGAAGAGAUCAACAAAUAUGGCUCCUGUGAGUAGUAAAGCAGAGAAGAAAACAGCAGCAGAUGCUGCUGCUUGGAUGUUCAAUGUCGUCACUUCUGUUGGUAUCAUCAUUGUCAAUAAAGCUUUGAUGGCCUCUUAUGGUUAUACCUUUGCUACAACCUUAACCGGUUUACAUUUCGCCUUUACAACUCUUAUGACCAUUGUUCUACGAUGUCUUGGUUACAUUCAGCCUUCUCAUCUUCCCUUCACCGAGCUUCUCAGAUUUAUUCUCUUUGCUAACUUCUCCAUUGUUGGGAUGAACGUUAGUCUUAUGUGGAACUCUGUCGGUUUUUAUCAGAUUGCAAAGCUCAGCAUGAUUCCUGUUUCCUGCUUGUUGGAAAUGGUGUUAGAUAAGAUCCGUUACUCCAGAGACACCAAGCUUAGCAUUGGACUCGUUCUUGUUGGUGUUGGUGUCUGCACUGUCACUGAUGUUAGUGUCAAUACCAAAGGCUUUCUUGCUGCUUUUGUUGCCGUCUGGACUACUUCUCUCCAACAAUACUAUGUACAUUACCUUCAGCGCAAGUACUCGCUUAGCUCAUUCAACCUAUUGGGACAUACCGCUCCAGCACAAGCCGCAACGUUGCUGGUUGUUGGUCCAUUUCUUGAUUAUUGGCUCACAGAAAAAAGAGUAGACAUGUACGACUACAACUUGGUCUCCGUGCUGUUUAUAACCCUCUCGUGCACAAUAGCCAUCGGGACCAAUUUGAGCCAGUUCAUCUGCAUCGGGAGAUUCACAGCGGUGUCAUUUCAAGUCCUGGGGCACAUGAAGACAAUCCUGGUGCUGGUGAUGGGAUUCUUCUUCUUUGGUAGAGAAGGUCUAAACUUGCACGUGGUUAUUGGAAUGAUUAUUGCAGUUCUUGGUAUGAUCUGGUACGGUAAUGCCUCUUCCAAGCCAGGAGGCAAAGAGCGACGAAGCUAUUCUCUUCCAACCACUCGUCAACAGAAACUCGGAGCUGCUUCGGAUUCUGAUGACAACGAAGACAAAGCCUAGUAUUAGAGCAUCUCCAUCCCCACUUCAAAUUUUACUCCUAAUUUUACUCUAUUUAUAAAAUAAAUGGAGUGAGAAAUAGAGUAAUAAACAAAAAAUAAAAGCAUUACUCUAGUAAUGCUUUUAUUUUUUGUUCACUAUUCCAUUUUCCAUAAAAUAUGGAGUGGGGAUGGAGAUGUUCUUAGUAAUAGCAAGUAGUAAAUGAUCAGAAACAUCUACAUCUCUGUUUUGAUUCAUGGUUUAGCCUUAAUUUAUGAUCUUCGCAGACGGAUGAAAUUGUUUUGCAAUGUUUUUGCGGAAUUAACGGAUAGCUUCUCAUAAUAUAUGAAAUCUCUUUUUACUACCAAACCAAA